AUGUUCUGCCUCAGAAGCUGGCUUCCCCUCCUUUUCAUUCCGACCAAUGCAAGCCCGCUGUUCAUCCUCUCCUUCGUUACCCUCACCUAUAUCCUCCAUCGACCGUGUAUAUACUGCUCCGCACUGCUUCUAAUCCUGUUUAUCUCGUCAUGUCACUGGUCCGACCGCUGCUUCUUUGAUAUCAAGGGGGACUGGUUUGCACCUCGGUUCGCUCACCUGCCUGGAGCCGGAUGUGCCAACGCAACUACUGCUGCCACUGCUACUCCGGCUUUGAACUCUACACACGAGCUGACGGAAUAUGUCUUUGAUACUGUGAACACAACCGUCACCGCUCUUGCCGGGGCGGCGUUUGAAGAAGCCAAACGCAGUGUCAUACCCGGCGGGCCGUCGAGUGCUGGGGAACCCGAGUGGACAGGUAUUGGGCUUGAGUGGUUCCGAAGUUUGCUAGGACGCAGAGAAUGGACGCUCCCAUGCGUCGAUGUGAAGGUUAGACUAUAA